AUGCCGCUUAGUGAGCGUGAAAGAAUUACACUCUUAAUGAUGCGCGGCUGGGGUGAUAAUGCAAGACCGUUUGCAGAAGUCACACAAUUAUUCAAUGCUACUUUUCCUGAUAGAGCUCCUAUUUCUAAAUCCACAGCACAGUACACAGUUGCUCGCUUUGUAGACACUGGUACUGUUAAGGAUCGUGCCAGAUCUGGACGACCAAGUACUGUGAAAGACGAAGACGGCUCAUUAGACAUUCUUCAGUCUUUCGUUGAAAAUCCAAAACAAUCAGUUAGAUCAGCAGCACAAUCUCAUGGAAUAAAUCGUGAAUCAGUUCGCAAAGUAUUAAAGAAGUCUGGUUUCAAGGCAUACCGGGUUACCCUGUUGCAGGAACUAACCGAAGAUGAUUUUGAUCACCGGAUGGAAUUCAGUGAAAUUAUGAUGAAUAGAAUUGACCAAAGACAAAUACUUUUGGACGAUAUUGUAUUCUCAGAUGAGUCGACUUUUAUGUUGAAUGGCCAUGUUAACAGGCAUAACUGCCGGUAUUGGGAUAAUGUUAACCCACACUGGAUGAGUGAGUGUCACACACAACACCCCCAAAAAGUAAACGUAUGGGCAGGUAUCGUACGUAAUUCAAUUAUAGGACCAUUUUUCAUCGAUGGAAAUUUAAAUGCCAACAAGUAUCAGGAUAUGCUCCAAAAUGAGAUUGUUCCUGCUUUACAAGCUACUCUGGGCGCUGACUUCCAAUCAUGUUUUUUCCAACAAGACGGAGCACCGCCACACUAUGGUGUUCAGGUAAGGCAAUACUUAGAUGCAGUAUUCCCACACCGGUGGAUUGGAAGACGAGGUGCGAUUGAGUGGCCGGCUCGUUCCCCUGACCUAACUCCGCUUGACUACUUCCUAUGGGGCUAUAUCAAGGACAAAGUGUAUCGAACUCAGCCUACAGAUCUGAACGAACUGAGACAUAGGAUAUCACAUGAAGCUCAAGCUAUUCCACGAGAAUACAUACAAAAUGCAGUAGCCGCCUUUUAUAACCGGUUAGCAUAUUGCCAGACGACCGAUGGUGGACAUUUUGAACACCUACUUUAA